AAAGACAUAUGCAGUACAGGGAGCGAGCGGGAAUCGAGGAAGUAUCAAUUCUGGUGGUAAUCGUCGUCGUCGUCCCUCCCCCUUAAAAGGAAGCAAUGUUUAUUCUUUGGCGUUUUGCUCCUCAUCAGCGAGAGAAUGGUGCUUAUUUUGUAAACUAUGCAAACGCUGGUGAACUAAUAAAUCCACUUCUUUUUGACAAUUGACACCACUCUCAGUCAGUGUCUAUCUGGUUUUUAAAUACUUUGGGCCUGCUAUCGCCAACGACUUGCUGCUAUUUUUCGUAAAGAUACGGGAAGCCGAGAGACGAGCGCUUCAUACGCGGACGGUCUGGAGGUUCUUGUGCCAGUGUGAGAGGAGGAUCUUGAAAAUUAUGUGAAUGCUGCUUAUGGGAAUUCAGUUUGUUGUCCAAGAAUCUGUACCAGAAGGAGUUAUGAAGCUGAAUGAGCGCAGCGUGGCUCACUAUGCCACCUGUGAUUCGCCACCUGAUAAGACUGGCUUUCUGUUCAAGAAAGGGGAGCGCAAUACGGCGUACCACCGCCGCUGGUUCAUUCUAAAGGGAAACAUGCUGUUCUACUUUGAGGACCGUGAGAGCCGUGAGCCCAUCGGUGUCAUUGUUCUAGAGGGCUGUACCGUUGAGCUGUGUGAAUCUGCUGAAGAGUUUGCUUUUGCUAUCAAGUUUGACUGUGCCAAGGCCCGUGUUUACAAAUUGGCAGCUGAAAGUCAGGCUGGCAUGGAAUCCUGGGUGAAGGCUCUGUCACGUGCCAGCUUUGACUACAUGAGGCUGGUGGUGCGGGAGCUGGAGAAACAGCUGGAGGAGAUGCAGGAAGCUGGGGGCACGUGGUCUCACAGCAGAUUGAAGCUGUCAAGGAGAGCAACACAGCAGAUGAGUCGCUCCAAAGCAUUACCAUCACCUGAUACAACAGCAGUGACAGCCCCUGCAGAGAAUCAUGCCCGACAUGAGGAGAUACUGCUCCUACCCAGUGGUUCCAGGGAGAAUGGAGUUGCCUGGAGCAAACCAUCAUUAUUGUCCAGCAACAGCAAGGGACCCAUGUUCUCUCUCACUUCAGAUGAGAAUAACAGCAGCUGCGAGCUGGAACCACCCCCUGUUCCUCCCCGCAGGCGGGGAGCAUCGGGGUUUGUCUUCUCUCUUGAGAGCCCUGUCUCUCCAGGAACAGUGUGCUUCUCUAAGCUUCACGACUGGUAUGGAAAGGAAGUGGCUGACCUACGUCUGGAGUGGUUGCAGAACCAGUGAGGCCUAAUCAGGGGAGUGAGCAAACCUGAAAGGGGAACCCGAGACCAUGUCCGUGUCAGCACGAACUGCCUCCCAGUCCUUCCUCUUGUCAAAUCCCAUACCAUUUAUGUACAUUUAUAAAACAACUUUAAUAUGCACCUGCAGUUCAUCUUAAGUCCUGCUAUCUGGCGGAGCCUGGUGUGUCACAGUGAUUUAAAUACAGCUAGUAGUUACAUGUUCAUAGAAAUAAAUCAGUCUUUCCUAGCUGUAGUGCCCUUGACAAAAGUACUUUUCCUGAAUUCUUCCCAUACAAAUAUGGACCUGGUAUAGAAAUGACUUAGGUAAAGGAGUUAAGUAUUCAAGAUCACAACUGGAACUCCAGAUUGAAAUCUGAAAAUAUACGGUAAAGAGGUACUAGAAUAAAGUGAAUUCUGUGAAUGAACUUUGAGUACAAAGGGUAUUCCUGUUUUUUUUUUUUUUUUUUUUCCCUUUUCAAUUUGCUACAUGCAUUGCUCAGUACUGAGUUCACUUUUUCAAGACUCCUAAAACAGUAUAACAUCAGUCUUUGUGGGCUAAACUCUUUUGUAACUCAGACUCUAGUACAACAAAACUCAAUGCAUCUACAACCCAUUUUGCACUUGCUUACAGACAUUUACAACCGUUAAAACCAAACAUGGAAAAAAUUACUAAAUAUUUACAGGAAUACCAUAUUGGAAUAUAUUCAAAAUUUAAAGGGAAAAAAAACAGGCCAACAGCUGAUUCACAGUAUAGUGGAAGAACUACCCAGCUGUUUUCAAUUUAUUUACCAUCUAUACAAAAGGGGGCAUCAUCGGAAUGAUUUUCUAUGUAAGCAUGGACCCAGUAAGAAAUAAAGAAGUGGUUGACAGAAGAAAAGUGGCCAGGAGAGGGAGGGACUGUAUGCAUGGUGGAAAACAACUGAGACCAAGACCAAGUGGUGUACUUGCUGAUGACAUUAUGACCUCCUGUAAGUGAUCAUAUUAUAUGUAAUUACUGUGAAGUACAUCAAUAUUGCUUUAUUACUAUUUUGGCAUCUUGUCACUUUUUUAUGUUGCAUGUAUUGCAGUGGUACAUUGUGUAUAGUGCAUAUGCAGUCCUGUUUGUAAUGCAAAAAUUUGUUUGUUGAAAAAAGGUUGCAUACAUAUAAAAAUUUAAGUACAGUAAAGAGAAACUAGAGUACAAAAUUAUUUGCUACAAGGAAGCCUGAUGUAAAAUAAACCAUCUACUGUAAU